AUGAGUCUUCCGCGCCGGAACGGGAAACGGCGGCGUUCAUCAUCCGGCUCCGACUGGUUCUCGGGAGACGGUGACGGCUGUGUUAGCCCCCAGCUCCCGUCCAGGCCGGUGCUGAGUCCACCUCCGGGGCUGGGACGCGGCCCCAGGGCCGCAGGGGAAGGGACAUGCAAGCAAAGAGUUUCUGAUGACCAGAUAGACCGGCUGCUACUGGCAAACUGGGGGCUCCCUGAAGCAGUUCUGGAGAAAUACCAGAGCUUUGGCGUAAAAAAGAUGUUCGAAUGGCAGGCAGAGUGUCUUUUGCUUGGACAAGUCCUGGAAGGAAAGAAUCUAGUUUAUUCAGCUCCUACAAGCGCUGGGAAGACUCUUGUUGCAGAGUUACUUAUGUUGAAGCGGGUUUUGGAAAUGCAGAAGAAAGCUUUGUUCAUUCUGCCCUUUGUGUCUGUGGCUAAAGAGAAGAAAUACUACCUCCAGAGUCUGUUUCAGGAAGUAGGAAUAAAAGUAGAUGGCUAUAUGGGCAGCACCUCACCAGCUGGACGUUUCUCCUCCUUGGACAUUGCUGUUUGCACUAUUGAAAGAGCCAAUGGGCUGGUCAAUCGCCUCAUUGAGGAAAAUAAGAUGGAUCUGUUAGGAAUGGUGGUUGUGGAUGAAUUACACAUGCUGGGGGACUCUCACCGAGGGUAUCUUCUGGAACUUUUGCUGACUAAGAUUUGCUAUGUUACUCGGAAAGCAGCAUCGUGCCAGGCAGAUUCAACCAGUUCUCUGUCUAAUGCUGUGCAGAUUGUUGGCAUGAGUGCUACACUUCCUAAUUUGCAGCUUGUGGCUUCCUGGUUGAAUGCUGAACUUUACCAUACUGACUUUCGCCCUGUACCGCUUUUGGAGUCAAUAAAAAUAGGUAAUUCCAUAUAUGAUUCUUCAAUGAAGCUUGUGAGAGAAUUCCAACCCCUGCUCCAAGUGAAGGGAGAUGAAGAUCACAUUGUUAGUUUAUGUUAUGAGACCGUUCGUGAUAGCCAUUCAGUAUUACUCUUUUGUCCAUCAAAAAAAUGGUGUGAGAAGGUAGCGGAUAUCAUUGCCCGAGAGUUUUAUAAUCUGCACCAUCAACCUGAGGGAUUAGUAAAUUCAUCUGAGUGUCCACCAGUGAUUCUAGAGCAAAAGAGCCUUCUGGAAGUGAUGGAUCAAUUAAAACGUUCACCUUCAGGACUAGACUCUGUGUUGAAAAGCACUGUGCCAUGGGGAGUAGCAUUUCAUCAUGCAGGUCUUACUUUUGAGGAGAGGGAUAUCAUUGAAGGAGCCUUCCGGCAAGGUCUUAUUCGGGUCUUGGCCGCAACAUCCACUCUUUCUUCUGGAGUGAAUCUUCCUGCACGUCGAGUGAUCAUUCGCACUCCAGUGUUUGGUGGCCAGCCUUUAGAUAUCCUCACUUAUAAGCAGAUGGUUGGUCGCGCUGGCAGGAAAGGAGUAGACACGAUGGGUGAGAGUAUCCUGGUUUGUAAGAACUCUGAGAAAUCCAAGGGCAUCGCCCUGCUUCAAGGAUCUCUGGAGCCUGUGUGCAGCUGUCUGCAGAGACAGGGAGAAGUCACUGCUAGCAUGAUACGAGCUAUUCUGGAGAUAAUCGUUGGUGGAGUAGCAAGUACAUCACAAGAUAUGCAGACUUACGCCGCCUGCACAUUCUUGGCUGCUGGUGUAAAGGAAGGGAAGCAAGGCAUUCAGGGAAACGCAGAUGGCCAGCUCGGGGCCCUGGAUGCCUGUGUGACAUGGCUGUUAGAAAACGAGCUCAUCCAGGAGGCAGAGCCCAGCGGCGGUGCAGGAGGAAAGGUGUAUCACCCAACACAUCUUGGAUCAGCUACUCUUUCUUCUUCUCUUUCUCCAUCUGAUACCCUAGAUAUUUUUGCUGACCUCCAAAGAGCAAUGAAAGGCUUUGUUUUAGAGAAUGACCUUCAUAUUGUCUACCUGGUUACACCUGUGUUUGAAGAUUGGGCUACUAUUGAUUGGUAUCGAUUUUUCUGUUUAUGGGAAAAAUUACCAACUUCUAUGAAAAGGGUGGCAGAGCUGGUUGGAGUCGAGGAAGGGUUUUUGGCUCGGUGUGUGAAAGGAAAAGUAGUAGCCAGAACUGAGAGACAGCAUCGACAGAUGGCCAUCCAUAAAAGGUUUUUCACAAGUCUUGUGUUACUGGAUUUAAUCAGUGAAGUUCCCUUAAAGGAAAUUAUUCAGAAAUAUGGAUGUAAUCGUGGACAGAUUCAGUCUUUGCAACAGUCAGCUGCUGUUUAUGCAGGAAUGAUUACGGUGUUUUCCAACCGUCUGGGCUGGCACAACAUGGAACUGCUACUUUCCCAGUUUCAGAAGCGUCUUACGUUUGGCAUCCAGAGGGAGCUGUGUGACCUGAUCCGCUUGUCCCUACUCAAUGCCCAGAGAGCCAGGAGCCUGUACGCUGCUGGCUUUCUCACUGUGGCCGAUCUCGCCAGAGCUGACAUUGCGGAGGUGGAGGCGGUUCUGAAGAAUGCCCUGCCUUUCAAAAGUGCCCGAAAGGCAGUAGAUGAGGAAGAGGAAGCAGCUGAAGAGCGUCGGAAUAUGCGAACUAUCAGGGUGACUGGCACAAAGGUCCUAUCUGCGAGGGAAGCAGCAGCCUUAAUAGUGGAGGAAGCCAAAGAAAUUUUGCAGCAGGACUUAAUGGAAAUGGGAGUGCGGUGGGAGCCACAUUCACCCCUGAGUUCUAGCACACAUUCACCGACCAGUAGUGAGUCAGAAGUACUAGAAUGCACACUUAAAUCCCAAACUAAGAGUCCCCACAACAGGUUAACACUAAAGAGCAGAAGUAGUGCGAGAGCAAGUGGGUCUCGUGGUAAACAGUCACCAGAUACAGAGCAAGGCUUAGAUGAGUGCAGAGAGCAUGCAGACUCCCUCUGCAAGUCCCGGGGGAAUCAGGAGAAACAGACACCCUCCAUCUGCAGAGCAAGAAAACGGACUUCUUCAGGUCUAAACAAAGACAAGCUUCAAACAUCCCUGAAUGAAGGAGAACCAAGCACUAAGGAAGUUCCUCAGACUUUUUCAUUGGAGAAAAGAAGAAAAACUGCUUUGAGUUUUAGUUCUGAGCAGAUGAACAGCAGUUUUCCAUCUUGGAGAGACAGAAAGUACCGAAAAAAAUCUAGGGGCAGUAGUCCUGUGUGUGACCCUGGGGUGCAUAGAAACGAUUCACAAGGACAGACUGUGUCUAGAUCUGUUCUAUGUGAAGACCCGUUUUCCUCAGACAAGCAGAGUACAGAACUUAGGAGUCCAGGGCUAUUCACAAAUAAUGUAUCUUUUUGUGCCAAUGAAAAAUGCAACACAACCUUAUUCCCUUUACAAAUGCAGCAGCCUUGCUUAAGGAGGAAAACAGAAAGUAAUGGUGUUACAGGGCAUUCCGUCACAGGAGCGCAGAGUGAAAAUGUGAAUGGGCAGCCCCCUGGUGAUGCUAGAAAUAGAAGGGGGUCAGCUGGAGUUGAGAUAAGAGAGAUAAAUGAUGUGCCCACAGAGAACGGUGCAGAAGGUCAGAAUGUUUCUGUGAAACUCCAUAACUCCCAUCCAGUUAGCCAGUGCCUGGAAAACCAGUGUGACAAACAGAAAAACACUGGCACCAAACAGAAAGCCUUAAUACAGAGACAGACAGUUAGUAGAUAUAUGGCCAGAUACUCAAAUUAUGUUGCAACUAUCAAAUGUGAAAGUAUAGAGCUUAGCAGCAAAGAAAGUCAAUCAAAUCAUUGCCAGGCAUUGGGAAAUACCAUAGGCAGAACUGAAGCACCUAGUGAAUUCCUUCCAUCAACUAGAGGACUUGAUCAAGCAGGAGGCCGGCGUGAGACUCUUCUAAAUUCUUCUGGAGCACAAGAAAAAGCAGAUGCUUCUGCAACCAGUAAAACUGAACAUAAUCAUGUUUCUAACACAGCCCUCUGUGAUUUUGGAGAUAGCUUAUACCUGGAUACUCAAUCAGAGAAAAUAAUUGAGCAGGUGGCAACUGAAAAUGCCAAGCGAGGAGCAGAGGCAUUAGUGAUAAAGGAGAAGGGCCCCAAUACUCGGAACCCAGAGUGCUCUUUCCAGAACAAGUGUCACAGCACCCCAGGGGACGAGCAUUGCCCAGGAGCAGUUGCCACCCACCGUUUGGACAGUAGGGGUGUAGAGACUGUGAAACAAAGCACUUUAAAGGGCGUUGAUAGACUAACUCCAGAAAGCCUUACUUCCUAUUCUCCAAUACCACAGGGGGAAAAUGACCCUGGCUCUAAAGAAAACGAGCGUUCUGUUACUGACUCCCAAUUAAACAGUUUUCUUCAAGGUUUUGAAACACAGGAAAUGGUGAAAGCAGUCAUACCCCCAGCUCCUCAAAUGAAAACUCCUGCUGAUGUGGAGGAGGAGAGUCUGCCUGAAACCAGUUUGAAUAUGAGUGACAGUAUACUAUUUGACAGUUUUGGUGAAGAUGGCUUAGUGAAAGGACAGUCACCUGAUGGAAAGGCAAAACAGCCCCUCCUUUCUGAAACAACAGCAAACCAUUUCAGCAAUCCCCCAUGCCCACAAGAAGACCCCAUUAUGAAAGCAAACGUGAACCAGCGUCAGGACGCACAGCAGCCAGUGACUUGGUCCAGUGGAGAAUCUAUUGUGUUUUCGGAGAUGGACUCUGCUCACAUGAUUGAAGCCUUAGACAACAUGGUUGUAUUUCAUGUCCAGGAGAACUGUGACCCAGUAACCCCUAAGACAUUAGAAGUCAGUGACUCUGCAGUGCUGGGUAAUGAGUGUCCCCAAGGAGAACUGGUCAGAGGAGAGCAAAAGGAAAGGUUUCCAGAGUCCACACUUACUGAGACAAACCAUGAUAAUUCAUUCAUGUGGUCAGGGGCAUCAUUUGACUUAAGUCCAGGACUGCAAAGGAUCUUAGAUAAAGUGUCUAGUCCUCUAGAAAAUGAAAGGCCCAAAUUAACACACAUAAACUUGUCUUGCUUUGAAGGAAAUAUCACAGAGUUAAAUGAGAGACAGGAAGUAAAUUCAGAUUUAGGGACAAUUCAGAGAACUUCACUUUUCCCCAUUAGUGAAGUUAAAAGCAGGCUUGAGGGGCUAGGGAGCAAAGCCAGGCAUGGUGGAACCUCCUCUCCCUCACCUUGUAAAGAAAGUGCUGCAGCUGAUGACAAUGGCCUCAUUCCUCCCACACCUGUUCUUGCUUCUACUUCUAAGAUGGCAUUUCCAGAGAUCCUCGAAACACCUGUAAAAUGUCAGCAAGCUGGCAAUGUUUUACAGCUGGGUGAAAGUUGUUUCUUUGGCUCACCUUCAGAGAUCCAAACCCAUGAUUUAAGCCAACAGCACAGAGACCGCCUCAAAGACAAUGGAUCUGUUGGAGACACAAGUUUUUUUCUGCAGUUGUCUCAGGAUGGAUUGCAGUUAACUCCAGUCUCAGGCAGCUCACAGAGUUUGGCCAUAAUUGAUGUAGCGAGCGACCAGACCCUUUUUCAAACGUUUGUGAAGGAGUGGCAAUGCCAAAAGCGUUUUUCCAUCUCUCUGGCUUGUGAAAAGAUUAGAAGUUCAACAUCUUCUAAGACUGCUACCAUAGGUGGAAGGUUGAAGCAAGUUAGCUCAAUGCAGGAAACUACUAUUAAAGAUGAUGGCUUUCCUGUGCAUGGCUUUGAUGGCACUGUGGUCGUUGGACUAGCAGUGUGCUGGGGUGGAAAGGAUGCCUAUUAUUUGUCACUGCAGAAGGAACAAAAGCAAUCUGAAAUUAGUCCAAGUUUGGCCCCACCACCUCUGGAUCCAACCUUGACUGUGAAGGAGAGGCUGGAGCACCUUCAAUCCUGCUUGCAAGAGAAAUCUGACAGCGAGCGGUCUGUUGUCGCCUAUGACUUCAUCCAGAGCUACAAAAUCCUCCUCCUGUCGUGUGGUAUCUCCCUGGAACCCAAUUAUGAAGACCCCAAGGUGGCAUGCUGGCUUCUUGACCCAGAUUCUAAGGAGCCAACUCUUCACAGCAUAGUGACCAGUUUUCUCCCGGAUGAGCUCCCGCUCCUAGAAGGAAUAGAGGCAGGCGAAGGAAUUCAGAGUCUGGGACUAAAUGUGAACACUGAGCAUUCCGGGCGGUACCGAGCGUCUGUGGAGGCCAUUCUCGUCUUCAACUCUAUGGAUCAACUCAACUCCUCUUUGCAGAAGAAGAACCUGCACGACAUUUUCUGUAAAGUGGAGAUGCCCUCUCAGUACUGCCUGGCCUUGCUAGAACUAAAUGGAAUUGGCUUCAGCACUGCGGAGUGUGAAAGUCAGAAGCAUAUUAUGCAAGCCAAGCUGGAUGCCCUUGAGACUCAGGCCUAUCAGCUAGCUGGCCACAGCUUUUCCUUUACAAGUGCGGAUGACAUCGCACAGGUUUUAUUUUUGGAACUAAAGCUACCACCAAAUGGAGAGAUGAAAAUGCAAAGCAGCAAAAAAACUUUGGGUUCUACCAGACGAGGGAAUGAGAGUGACCACAAACGAAGGCUGGGAAAACGGUUCAGCACUAGUAAGGAUGUUUUAAAUAAAUUAAAGGCCUUGCAUCCUUUACCAGGCCUGAUAUUGGAAUGGAGAAGAAUCACUAAUGCUAUUACCAAAGUGGUCUUCCCUCUGCAGCGGGAAAAGCGCCUGAACCCCUUUCUCAGAAUGGAAAGAAUCUACCCUGUAUCACAGUCACACACGGCUACAGGACGGAUAAGCUUUACAGAACCUAAUAUCCAGAAUGUGCCACGAGAUUUUGAGAUUAAAAUGCCAACACUAGUAAGAGAAAGCCCACCUUCUCAAGCUCCAGGCAAAGCCAUGCUUGCAGUAGCCAGAGGACAAAAUAUGGUUUAUGGCCUGCACUCUGGGCAUGGGACACUGAUGGAGGAUAAGGCCUCAGACAAAGGGGUACCAUUUUCAGUGAGCAUGCGUCACGCCUUUGUGCCUUUCCCAGGUGGCUUAAUAUUGGCUGCCGACUACUCUCAGCUUGAACUGAGGAUCCUGGCUCACUUGUCUCGUGAUUGUCGCCUCAUCCAAGUCUUAAACACUGGAGCAGAUGUGUUCAGGAGCAUCGCCGCCGAGUGGAAGAUGAUUGAGCCUGAUUCUGUAGGCGAUGAUCUGAGGCAACAAGCAAAGCAGAUUUGCUAUGGAAUUAUAUACGGCAUGGGAGCUAAAUCUUUAGGCGAGCAGAUGGGCAUCAAAGAAAACGAUGCUGCUUGCUACAUUGACUCUUUCAAGUCCAGAUACACAGGGAUUAAUCAUUUCAUGAAGGACACAGUGAAGAACUGUAGAAGAGAUGGAUUUGUUCAGACCAUUUUGGGAAGACGUAGAUAUUUGCCAGGAAUCAAAGACAACAAUCCUUACCAUAAAGCACAUGCUGAACGUCAGGCCAUCAACACAAGAGUUCAAGGGUCAGCUGCUGAUAUAGUCAAAAUAGCCACAGUUAACAUUCAGAAGCAACUAGAGACCUUCCAUUCAACCUUCAAAUCCCAUGGUCAUCGGGAAAGCAUGCUCCAGAAUGACAGAACAGGAUUGUUGCCAAAGAGGAAACUUAAAGGGAUGUUUUGUCCUAUGAGAGGAGGAUUCUUCAUCCUUCAACUUCAUGAUGAGCUUUUAUAUGAAGUGGCAGAAGAGGAUAUUGUUCAGGUAGCUCAGAUUGUCAAGAAUGAAAUGGAAUGUGCUAUAAAACUGUCUGUGAAGCUGAAAGUGAAAGUGAAAAUAGGUGCCAGCUGGGGAGAUCUGAAGGACUUUGAUGUUUGAAGGUGCAGCCUGUACAGACAGGGUCACUUAGAGAGCACUGACUGUCCUUUCCCCUGCCUCAUGACCACCAGCUCCCAAGUCUUGGUGCAUCUCAAAGAGCACUUCUGUAGUGGGUUUCUAAUGUGUGCCUAGGGCUGGUCCCGGCAGUGUUACAAGGUGUUGAGGGGAAGUUAGUUAUUCUCACUCUCAAAGAGUAUGUAUGAGUUUGCCUUUCAUAAUUUAUUAGGCUUUAAACAGUCUCAGGGUAUAUGCUUGAAAAAUGCACUUAGCACUUUCGGUCCUCAACUGUGUAGACUGUGAAGGAAUGGAACUGCUGCCUCGGGAUAUUUUUAUUCUUGUCCAGGACUCGGACACUCAUGCCAUAAUCCCCCGAGAGCCACAGGCAGUGUUCAGUUCCAGUAGAUUAGAAUAAUGCGGACUGUGUAAUCUUUCUACUGUAAAAACUUAAAUCAGAAUUCUAAAAGAUUGUAAGAUAUGGUGCAAAAGGAGCCUAGAAAUCCAUUUUCACAGUUCUCAUAGUGAAAGUAUUUGGGAGACUCUUAAAAUGAGCUCUUUCCUGUAGGAAGUGUCCCAUCAGGUUAGACUUGAUUGCAGUUGAACCUAACACUGUCAGGCCAGGAAAAUGCCAUUUAGUGCCUCUCUCUGUAUUUGUGAUAGGGAAAGAAUACUCAGGCUCAAAGCAUUGA